AUGUCCAAGACACCAUCGACGUAUGCGACGCCAAAAUGGUGGAAAGAAGCCGUCAUCUAUCAGAUCUACCCGUCGUCCUUCCAGGACACCAACGGCGACGGCUGGGGCGACGUCAAGGGCAUCACAUCUCGCCUAGACUACCUGAAGGAGUUGGGCAUUGACAUCGUGUGGACGUCGCCGAUUUACAAAUCCCCCCAGGCCGACAUGGGCUAUGACAUUGCAGACUACAAGGUCAUCGACCCCAUCUACGGCUCCCUCGAGGACGUGGACAAUCUGAUCGCCGAGCUGAAAAAGAGAGACAUGAAGCUCAUGAUGGACCUCGUGGUCAACCACACGUCCAACAUGCACCCUUGGUUUCUGGAAUCUCGCUCAUCAAAGACCAACCCGAAGAGACACUGGUAUAUCUGGAAACCGCCCAAAUCAGUCAGCGACGCCGGCGUGCCGGAACCGCCCAACAACUGGGCCCAGAUCUUGGGCGAAGCAAACUCGGCGUGGACCUACGACACCGAGACGGGGGAAUACUACCUUUCCAUCUUCACGCCCGAACAGCCCGACCUGAAUUGGGAGAACCCGGACGUGCGCGAGGCCGUGUGGGACGUGAUGCGGUUCUGGCUCGACCGGGGCGUCGCGGGCUUCAGACAAGACGUCAUCAACAUGAUCAGCAAGGUCCCAACAUACCCGGACGCCCCCGUGGUGCUCGACCCUCUGACGCACAAGUACCAACCGGGGACGCAGUUCUUCGUCAACGGGCCCAAGCUGCACGACUACCUGCGCGAAAUGAACCGCGAGGUGCUCUCCAAGUACGACGCCAUCACCGUGGGCGAAAUGCCGGGCGUGUCGGACGAAGACGAGAUCCUCCGGACCGUGGGCGCCGAGGCGGGCGAGCUCAACAUGAUCUUCAUCUUCGACGUGGUCGACAUUGACAAGCCCAACGUGCGGAUGGCGCUGAAACCCUGGGACGUCAAGGAGCUCAAGUCGAUCAUCACGCGGUGGCAGCGGUGCAUGAUCGAGCGGGACGGGUGGAAUUCGGUCUUUAUCGAGAACCACGACAACCCGCGCAGCGUGACGCGGUACACGGACGACAGCGACCGCCUGCGCGACAAGGGCGCCAAGCUGCUGGCCCUCAUGCAGACCACCUUGGGGGGUACUUUAUUCGUGUACCAGGGCGAGGAGAUCGGGAUGCGCAACGCGCCCCGCGAAUGGGACAUUGCACAAGAAUACAAGGACAUCGAGACCAUCAACUACUGGAAAAAGGCCCAACAGAUCUACAAGGACGACCCGGACAAGCUCGAGCACGCCCGCAAAGUCAUCCACCUCAAAGCCCGCGACCACGCGCGCACGCCCUUCCAGUGGAACCGGUCCGACAACGCGGGCUUCUGCCGCGCCGGGGUGAAGCCCUGGAUGCGCGUCAUGGACGACUUCAAGGACGGCAUCAACGCCGAAGACCAGAUGAGCCGUGACAACAGCGACGACGAGCUCUCGACCUGGCAAUUCUGGCAACGCGGCAUCCGCGAGCGCAAAACCCACGCCGACGCGUUCGUCUACGGCGACUACCACGAACUGGAUCCCGACCAUCCCGACGUGCUGGCCUACAUCAGGACCAGCACCAACCCGCGUGGGGAUCGGUGGUUGGUGGUGCUGAACUUCUCCGGCAAGGACGUCGACUGGACACUGCCCGAAUCUCUGUCAGUCGAGUCCUGGGUCUGCGGCACGUAUACAAAGGGCAAACCUGAAAAACCGCGCGAGGGAAAGAUCCCGCUGAGGCCGUGGGAAGGGCUUUUGGCGAAAUGCCAAGAUCUGAGGCAGUAA